ACGGCGAACCGGCCCGCCCGCCCAGCAAGCAGCCCCGCCGGGCCAGGCCGCGCGCGAACAUGGCGCUUGUCCCCUGCCAGGUGCUGCGGGUGGCCAUCCUGCUGUCCUAUUGCUCCAUUCUGUGCAACUACAAGGCCAUCGAAAUGCCCUCCCAUCAGACCUACGGGGGGAGCUGGAAGUUCCUGACCUUCAUUGAUCUGGUCAUCCAGGCUGUCUUCUUCGGCAUCUGUGUGCUGACUGACCUCUCCACUCUCCUGACCAGAGACAGCGGGAACCAGGAGCAAGAGCGACAGCUGAGGAAGCUCAUCUCUCUCCGGGACUGGACGCUGGCUGUGCUGGCCUUUCCUGUCGGGGUUUUCGUUGUUGCGGUGUUCUGGACCAUCUAUGCCUAUGACAGAGAGAUGAUAUACCCAAAAUUGCUUGACAACUUCAUCCCAGGGUGGCUGAACCACGGAAUGCACACAACGGUUUUACCCUUUAUAUUAAUCGAGAUGAGGACAUCCCACCAUCAGUAUCCCAGCAGGAGCAGCGGACUCGCCGCCAUAUGCACCUUCUCCGUGGGCUAUAUAUUAUGGGUGUGCUGGAUACAUCAUGUCACCGGCAUGUGGGUGUACCCUUUCCUGGAACAUAUUGGCUCAGGAGCUAGGAUCAUCUUCUUUGGGUCAACAACAAUUCUAAUGAAUUUCCUGUACCUGCUUGGAGAAGUGCUGAACAACUAUAUCUGGGAUACACAGAGAAGUAUGGAAGAAGAGAAAGAGAAACCUAAGCUGGAAUAAGAUCCAAGUCAGAAAGGAGAAGCAGGAAGGAGCUACCCUUGAAUUCUUUUGGCCCUGGGCACCAGCAGUGAGGAGACAGAACUUCAAAGGGGCCAUGGCAUCAACCCUGUCUCCCUGACCCUGCCGGAGGAUAACUUUUAUAUUCAAAUAUGUGCAAAGUAGGAUGCGUUGCUUUCGAAGAUAAUUCACCCUUACUGUUUUAAGUACUCUAUUCCAAGUUCAUUAUUGAUGACUUCUUUUCCUCUUUUUCUAGUUUUAAAACUAAAGUUGGUCAUUGAACUUUCAUUUCUGCAAUAAUAACUCCACGUAAUCAAGAAAAAAAUUCGACUUGUGUUUCUUGUUGAGGAAUAUGAUGAAGUUGGAAGGGCUGGUGUGGAUCAAGGCAUUCAUAUUUAGUCUUAAAUGUGGCUGGAGUAAUGACUCUGGGACACAGUAUGGGCCCAAGAGGAGGCAGGAUAGGUGGUUCCUGUAGUGACAGAGUCAUGGUUGCCUCAGUGAGCAGUGAUAGUCAUAGUAUCAACUUAGUCAAAACCCUGAGUGUGCUUGAAUCUUCCUAUUUAAUCUGUGAAUACUUCCCACAUGCAAACGUUACUGUUAAUAAAGAUCAACCAACCAAACUUGA